AUGUCCCAAGAUAUUAGAAAGCGUGAAUUAGAAAAUGAAACAGGAUUUACUUCUACCAAAAAAUUUAAUUCACAUCAUCAUUCUCAAUCUAGAAACAGAGAAGUUUCCACAAUUAUUGUAACUAAUCUGCCAAAAAGUUAUAACCAACAAAAGACUCGUAAUAUUUUCCAUGAUUGUGGAAAUAUUAUUCAUAUUGAUCUUGUUGCUACGUUAGAUAAUUCAUCUAAAAUUGCAAGACUUGAGUUUGAAAGCUAUAACGAUGUCCUUAUUGCCCAAACAAAAACUUUUAAGAAAAUUGGACAAAAUGAAAUCAUUGUGAAACCAUUAGUGGAUUCAACUAUUUGGAUAACCAAUUUUCCACCCACCUUUGAAGUAUCCGAUAUCAGAAGCAUCUUUAAAGAAAAUAAUAUUCUUCCAUUAAGUAUAAGAUUCCCCUCAUUACGCUUCAAUUCAAAGAGACGGUUUUGCUACGUUGAUGUUUGCUCUAAUAAGGAAGCUUUACUAGCAGUUAGUAGAUUCAAUGAUAAAAAUAUUCAUGGAUAUAAAUUAGUGGCCAAAUUAUCAAAUCCUGCAAUGAAACAAGAGAGAUCUGAUUCUGCAAUUAAAGAGAAAAGAGAAAUCCUUGUCAGAAAUAUUGAUAAUGAAUUAGCAACAGAAGAAAUUUUGAAAACUUACUUUCUAGUCUGUGGAGAAAUUCAAAAUAUUCGAAUAAUAUCUCCUAAUAAUAAAUCAAAUAGUUUUGCAUUUAUCAUAUUUCUCAAUGCUGAAAGCGCAGAAAAAGCAAUUAAAUUAAAUAAUUCAUACCUUAAAGUUGGAUCUAAUCCAAUAUCAAUAACAAUAGCAGAACAAAAACCUUAUCUAGAGAGACAAGAAAUAAAAAGUUUAUUAUCUGCUCGACAUAGUGAUAAAAUAUCACGGACAGUCUCAUUGCAUCCUAUUAUAUCAGAUAAGAUAUCUAAAGAAAAAAUCACUGCAUUUGUUUUAAAGAUCAUUCCAACUGUGUCACAGGAUGAUCUUGACAAGGUAUAUUUAGUGACUGAUUAUAGUGGCUGUUUAAUCGUAUGCAAAUCAGAAACUAUAGCUGCAAAACUUAUGAUGGGAUUAAAUGGCCAACGUUUUCAAAAUAACGUUAUCCAUUGUGGAACUAUUCACGAUCUGAAGAAUUCAAACAAAGACCACCACACCAAUAAAACGCCAAUUUCUAACAAUCUCAAAGACAUAGAUACUUCGACAACGUCAGUUAAUCUUCAAAGAGUAACUUCUGAAGAAAAAGGUACUAUGACAAACGAGGAUUUUAGGAAAAUGUUCUUAGGAAAAUAA